AUGGUAGUGUGCAUUGGUGUUGUUUGUGUUGCAGAUAACUGGGCUCUGAUCUACGCUCAGCAGCUGGCCUUGGCUGAGAAACUUCCUCUGCACAUCUGCUUCUGCUUGGCGCCUCGAUAUUUGGAUGCGACCUACAGACAGUACGCCUUUAUGCUAAAAGGACUGCGAGAAGUGGCAAAGGAAUGCAACCGCUUGGAUAUUCAGUUCCAUCUGCUGUCAGGAGAACUUGGACAGAAUCUGGCAAGCUUUGUUGAGAAGUGGAAGUUUGGAGCAGUUGUCACUGACUUUAACCCUCUCAGAAUCCCUCUCCAGUGGAUUGAGACUGUUAAGAAACACCUUCCGGCUGACGUACCCUUCAUUCAGGUUGAUGCACAUAACGUGGUGCCUUGCUGGGAAGCGUCUGAGAAGCUGGAAUAUGGAGCCAGGACUAUACGGGGCAAAAUCACUAAACUUCUGCCAGAAUUCCUCUCAGAGAUUCCUCUUGUGGACACUCACCCACACUCCGCUUCUCGUGCAGCAGAGCCAGUAGAUUGGGAGGAGGUGCUGUCGUCUCUUGAGGUGGACCGCAGUGUUGGAGAGGUGGACUGGGCUCAGCCUGGCUCCUGCGGUGGCAUGGCCAUGCUGGAGUCCUUCAUUGAGCAACGACUGCGUCUCUUUGCCACUCACAGGAACAAUCCCAACUGGGACGCCCUCAGCCAUCUCUCCCCCUGGAUCCACACCGGUCAGUUGUCUGCUCAGCGUGUCGUGAAGCAGGUCAAACGAGAAAAGAACGCCAGCGAGUCCGUGGCGUCUUUUAUUGAGGAACUGGUGGUGCGCAGGGAGCUCGCUGACAACUUCUGCUUCUACAACCACAACUAUGACAACAUUUCAGGUGCAUAUGAUUGGGCGAAGAAGACUUUGCAGGAUCACGCUAAGGAUCGCAGACAGUACCUUUACACAAAAGAGCAGCUGGAGAACGCCAAGACCCAUGACCAGUUGUGGAAUGCUGCACAGCGUCAGCUGGUGUUAGAAGGGAAGAUGCAUGGGUUCCUGCGCAUGUACUGGGCAAAGAAGAUCCUGGAAUGGACUGCAUCCCCUGAAGAAGCCCUCUCUAUUGCUAUAUAUCUGAAUGACCGUUUGUCUUUAGACGGCUGCGAUCCCAACGGAUACGUGGGCUGCAUGUGGUCCGUCUGUGGCAUCCAUGACCAGGGCUGGGCAGAGAGGCCCAUCUUUGGCAAAAUUCGCUUUAUGAAUUAUGCCGGCUGCAAGCGGAAGUUUGAUGUGGCACAGUUUGAGAGGAAGUGCGCGGCUAUAAAGGAGAACUCCAAUAAAGAUACCAAGAAAUCUUCUUUCAACAACUGA